AAUUUAAAUAUAAAUCACCUGAAUUAAGUGUAAUUGAGUUAUUCAGUUUACAUCUUUUUGCUUACAGGGCAUAGAAAAACAAAAGAAAAGCAACAAAGAGAAGAAAUAAGAGUUAUAAACGUCUGCUAUGAACUCCCAGAAUUCCACCCUCUCUCUAAAUACAACUUUAGUGCAUCCCCCAUUUUUUUUAAUCAAUGGUUUUUAUAAUGUACCCUAUGCCAAAUACUACUAUGUUUUCCUGUUCUUUGUUUUUGGGGUCUCUGUGUUGGGGAACUCCUUUGUCAUGUAUAUUAUAUACAUAGAGCGCAGUUUUCACACCCCAAAGUAUUUGGCCGUUUUAAAUUUGGCUUUCGCUGACUUGGGUGAAAGCACUGCCCUUAUGCCAAAUUUAAUUGCAAUGUUUCCUUUUGAUUCACAAUACAUCUCCUUUAAUGCUUGCUUGGCAAACAUGUUUUUUGUGUUUUUCUUCUCCUGUUUGCAGACUCUCACUCUCACUGUUCUGGCCUAUGAUAGAUUGGUGGCAAUAUGCUUGCCACUGAGGUACCAUGCCAUCAUCACAAUGCCAGCAAUGGCUGUGAUGUUGACUGUGGUGUGGGCAUACAGUGCACUUUUAAUGAUUUCAACAGUGGCUUUAGUUACCAGGUUGUCCUUUUGUAAAUCCAUUGUGGUAAAAAGCUACUUCUGUGAUCAUGGACCCGUUUUCCAUUUGGCCUGCAAUGACAAUCUAGUCAAUCGCAUCAUGGCAUAUGUUAACAUGGCACUGUUGCUGUAUUUACCAUUGCUUUUCACUGUACUGUCAUAUGUGUUUAUUGCUGGUGCACUAUUUAAAAUAGCUUCAUGGGAAGGGCGAUUUAAAGCCAUUAAGACUUGCUCUGCACACCUAAUGCUGGUAGCUAUAUGUUAUAUUCCAAUAAUGGGAAUCUAUAUUGCUGCAAUAGCUGGUACCCUUCACCCCAAUGCCAGGAUAAUCAAUACAUCACUUUCACUUGCCAUUCCACCCAUGAUGAACCCAAUCAUUUAUGUGCUGAACACAGAAGAGGUUAAGGAAUUCUCAAAAAGGCUUUUCAAAAGAAAAAAAAUAACCACAACUGAAAUAAACAGAUGAAUGGACUAAUUGAUAUUAUGGGAACUCUCCUGUGUACUGUAUCUCAAUC